AUGAAGGACUCAGAUAUGACUAACAUGGAAGAGAUUCAAAGAAACAACUCUUAUCCUUCUAACUCCGACAAGGAUUACGAAGAUGAGAAGGGAUCCGGAUCUCCGGUGAUCAAUGAAUUCUCUAAAGUCGACCAGAUCUCUACUGCUCAGUCAGAGAUGGAUGAGAAGAUGGCCGAGCAGACUGAGCAACAGCGCACUAUGACCGGUGUCAAGAACAUUAUUAUCAGAAAGACUGAAAUCAUGGCCGAGGUCUACGACAAAUGGUACUACCAUGCUAUUCUGUUGUUCACUGCUUUUGUCUGUGGUUACGGUUACGGUCUAGAUGGUAACACCCGUUACAUCUACACUGGUUACGCUACUUCUUCUUAUGCUCAGCACUCUUUGCUAUCCACCAUUAACGUUAUCAAUGCAGUCAUCAGUGCUGCCUCGCAAAUUGUCUACGCCAGAUUGUCUGACGUUUACGGUAGAUUUGCAUUGUUCUGUGUCUCUAUUGUGCUUUACUCAGUUGGUACCAUCAUUCAGUCGCAAGCCUACGAUGUCCAAAGAUAUGCUGCCGGUUCCAUCUUUUACAACACUGGUUACGUCGGUGUCAUCUUGGUUCUGUUGCUGAUCUUGUCAGAUUUCUCUUCUCUAAGAUGGAGAUUGGUCUACCAAUUCGUCCCAACUUGGCCAUUUAUCAUUAACACAUGGAUUUCUGGUAACGUUACCUCUAGAGCUAACCCAUUGAAGAACUGGUCAUGGGAUAUCGGUAUGUGGGCUUUCAUCUUCCCUCUAUCAUGUGUUCCAUUGCUAUGUGUCAUGAUUCACAUGUGGUGGUUGGCUAGAAAGACUGAAGAAUGGCAAGAACUUUCAAAGGAGAAGACUUUCUACCAAAAGCACGGUCUAAAGGACACCAUUGUUGAAUUGUUCUGGAAGAUCGAUGCCAUGGGUGUCUUCAUCAUGACUAUCUCUCUAGGUUGUAUCCUAGUCCCAUUGACCUUGGCUGGUGGUACUAAGUCCAAGUGGAACAACUCCCACGUCAUUGGUCCUUUCGUUCUAGGUUUCGUAUUGAUUCCAAUUUUGGUUCUAUGGGAAUACAAGUUCGCUAGAGACCCAAUUAUUCCAUACAAGCUGGUUAAGGACCGUGGUGUCUGGGCCUCAUUUGCUAUUUCUUUCUUGAUUGACUUCAUUUACUACAUGGCUGCUGACUACCUGUACACCGUUUUGAUCGUUGGUGUUAAUGAAUCUGUCAAGUCCGCUACUAGAAUCAGUUCCUUAUCAACAUUUGUCUCCACUGUUGGUUCGCCUAUCUUCUCGCUAUUGAUUACAAGAUUCAGUAGAUUAAAACCUUUCAUCAUCUGUGGUUGUGGUUUGUGGAUGCUUGCAAUGGGUCUACUAUACCACUACAGAGGUGGUGCUGAGUCUCACAGUGGUAUCAUUGGUGCUCUUUGUGUUUGGGGUGUGGGUACUACUCUUUUCACUUACCCAGUUAACGUAUCUGUGCAAGCAGCUACAUCUCACGAACACAUGGCUACGGUCACUGCUUUGAACUAUACUUUCUACAGAAUCGGUUCCGCUGUUGGUGCUGCCGUGUCCGGUGCUAUCUGGACUCAAACUCUAUACAAGCAACUACUAAAGCGUGUUGGUGACGCUGCAUUGGCUACUGAAGCAUACGCUUCUCCAUACAAGUUCAUUGUUACAUACACAUGGGACACCCCAGAAAGACAAGCUGUCGUUCAAGCUUACAGAUAUGUUCAAAGACUGGAGACAAUUGUUGCCCUGGUCUUCUGUGCACCUCUGUUAAUCUUCUCUCUAUGUCUAAGAGAUGCUCGUCUAACUGACAAGGUCGCACACGACAACAUUGCCGAGGGCGAAUACGUCGACGCCAAGGACGACGAUCCAAUUUACGAAUGGUUCAAGGGUGCCACCACCCGUUUCAGACGUAAGUCCAAGGAAUAA